GAUUUGCUGUUUGCGGGCCACGUAAAUUGAUGCGGUGGGCCGGAUGUGGCCCGCGGGCCUUGAGUUUGAUGCCUGUGGUGUAAAUUGUAGCAAAAAAAAAAUAAGCAGCGUGACGGCCAUAAAGUGCAAAAAUGUUGAUUUCGCAAACGCCGCUCCAAUGUCGGUUAGCAAGCCCUGGGAAAUUAAGAAAACAAUUUCAGUUUUUGGGUUGGUUUUUUGUGUGUGUGUGUGUGUGGUUAUUUUUUUUCAAUAAAUACACAGAGAGCACGUUAAAAAAAAAAAGCAGCUUUUUAUUCCUCUUGAAAGGAACAUGAAUGAAAAGGAACAUUUGAUCGAUCACUGCGCAGAGUGGCCUGUAGGGGGCGUCGCAGCGCCGCCCUCAUACUUGAACUUCCCCCCCCCCUCCGGCAAGCUUUGCACCUGACUCGUGUUUUUUGUUGUUGUUGUUGUUGUUUUUAGGGUGCACUCGCCUCCGAAAACAAGCGCAGAUGAGAGCGAGAGCCCCCGUUGUCCUCCUUUUUUUAUUUUAUUCCCCGCGCAUGCUACAUGCUACAUGCUAACGACGCGUCGCGUCUCGGUCGUGCUGGCGGCUUGGAUCAAAGUGUCUCCUCCUUUCCCUCGCACCGUGUUGGUGUUCACUAUGGCUGUUGUUGUGUUUGGAUGACUUUUGGAACAGACUCACUUUUUUUCCCUCCCACCGAGGGCUGAUUUAUGACUAUUUUUACUUUUUUUUAAAAAUUAAACUACCAAACUGUGAUGGAACCAUCCAGAAUGCAAAUUUGUGUUCGAAGCAAUUUGGGGAUUCUCUAAAUGGACUUCCUACCUUCUCGACGUGACCCGAAGGGCUCCAAAAAAUCUCUAUAUAUUUUUUGACUGUUGUUGUUCAACACACGUUCUGUGAUCCGGAGUUUCGUUUUUAAAAUCUUUAAAGUGUGUAAAAUAGUCUCCGAGGCGAUUUCGGGAUGAUUUCCUAUAAGCGGUCUCUUCAUUGGGGAUCUAUCUAGGAGGGUCUGCCGUUGUCUGUGAACUGGAAAUCGGUUUUACGCGCAGGGAGAAAAAAAAAAAAACGUCAUGAUGAUUUUGGGCUGUCGGGUGCGGAUUUCCUUUCGAGACUAGAGCGGUCUCGUAAUUGAAAUAUAUAACAGACUUUUUUAUUUUUUUGCUCUGAAAAACUUUCUCCCUUCAACGUGAAGACAUUUUUUUUUUUUUUUUUUCCCCCCCCCCCCGCCGUCGCAAACCCACGCACACGGUUGCCGAUUUCCCGGAGAGCCUCGUCCCCGGAACCGAUGUGAGCCGGACGCGUGAGCCAGCAUGCCCCUGGGGCUCCCCGCAAACUGCACCUGGGACGAGAUCCGUAACGCCAGCCGGCCGGGCCUCGAACCGGAGCCGCCCCCGCUCAACUACUACAGCCCGCCCCUCCUCGCGCUCAUCACGGCGGCGUGCGCUCUGCUGUCCCUGGUGGGCGUGACCGGCAACGUCUUGACCAUUGCGGUGGUGGCCAAAUAUCGCGAUAUGCGCACCACCACCAACUUGUACCUGUGCAGCAUGGCCGCGUCCGACCUGCUCAUCUUCCUGUGCAUGCCGCUCGACCUCUACCGCAUGUGGCGCUACCGCCCGUGGCGCCUGGGCGACGCGCUCUGCAAGCUCUUCCAGUUCGUGUCCGAGUCGAGCACCUAUUCGACCAUCCUGAGCAUCACGGCGCUGUCCGUGGAGCGCUACGUGGCCAUCUGCUUCCCGCUGCGCGCCAAGGCCCUGGUGACCAAGCGGCGGGUGCGCGGGCUCAUCCUGAUCCUGUGGUGCGUGGCCACGCUGAGCGCGGGGCCCGUCUUCGUCAUGGUGGGGGUGGAGCGGGACCAGCCCAACGGCACCAACGCGCCGGCGCCGGAGGAGGACACGCGGGAGUGCAAGAUGACGCACUACGCCGUGGAGUCGGGCCUGAUGGGCGCCAUGGUGUGGCUGAGCUCCGUCUUCUUCUUCAUGCCCGUCUUCUGCCUCACGGUGCUCUACAGCCUCAUUGGCCGCCGCCUGCGGCGCCGCCGUCGCGAGACCGACAUCGGCUCGUGCGUGGCGCACCGGGACAAGAGCAACCGGCAGACCGUCAAGAUGUUGGUGGUGGUGGUUCUGGCCUUCGUCCUGUGCUGGCUGCCGUUCCACGUGUGCCGCUACCUGCAGUUCCGCUCGCUGGACGCGCCGUCCCCGCUGCUGUCCGCCCUGUCCGAGCACUGCAGCCUGCUGUCGGUGGUUCUCUUCUACCUGAGCGCCGCCAUCAACCCCAUCCUCUACAACACCAUGUCCUGGAAGUACCGCGGGGCGGCGGCGCGCCUCUUCGGCCUCGGCGGCCAGCGGCUGCCUCGGACCCGCACCGCCAGCGCGCUGAAGGCCGUGGCGGACGGCUGGAUGGAGUCCAGCGUCAGCUUCUAAAUCCUCGGGUGGGCCGGCCGGCCAAUCGCGGGGCACAUCAAUAAACAACCUUUCAUACUCACAUUCACACUUAAGGACAAUUUAGAGUCUUCACUGAACCUGAUAUGCACGAUUUUUAUUUUUAUUUUUAAAUGCCGGAGAUGAAAACACAGCCCGGAUUCGAACCAACAACUUCAGAACUCAAGCAGAUCGCUUGAUCGCUAAUCGCUUGCACUCUUGUGUGUCGCUCAUAAAGUUAUUGACCUUGUACACCUGUCCGCUGUAAAAAUCUACUGUGGCCCUUGAACGCAACAGUUUGGCUGGGUUCAAUGAACGACAUCAUGUCACAUUGCAACCAGUGAUACGUUUCACACACUUUCUAACCGGUUCAUAAACUUUGCUCGAGUCCUACAGUAUUUCUUUUCUGGAUGACAACGAAAGCACUGUAGAAGUCGUGACUCCACCGUUUGUGCGUGCGCUAUUAUUUCGUGCCGUUGUGUGCCAGUAAUGUGCAGUUUUACAUUAUCAAGAAUCCUGAAAUAAUCUUUGACUGACCCCCGCAGGGGAAAUUCAAGAGUAAUUUUAUAUAUAUAUAUUUUUUGUCUUAAUGUAGCAGGUGUUGCCUAAAAUAUAUUUAUUAAUUUAUUUCAUUAAAUAAUUUAAUUGAUUCAUUGUAAAUAAAUAGCAAAAAAAAUAUAAAAAACUUGAAAUUUGUAUUUAUUGUAUUGUAUUUGUAAAUUAAUUAUAAUUUAUAAAUAGCAAAGUGAAAAGGAAUCCUAUUUUAUCAUUAGAAUAAACUAAAUGGAUGGAUAGUUCUCAAAAUUAUA